AUGUCACAAGCAUACACACACGGGCGAGAAGCCAUACAAGUGCAAUCUCUGCCUUGCAGAGUUCAGGCAGAGCGCACACCUGCAGAGUCACAAAGUGAAACACACGGGCAACAACAUACGGGCAAGAAGCCAUACGAGUGCGAUACCUGUACCACAGAGUUCAGGCGGAGUGUGCACCUGCAAUGUCACAAGCAUACACACACGGGUGAGAAGCCAUACAAGUGCAAUCUCUGCCUUGCACAGUUCAGGCAGAGCGCACACCUGCGGAGUCACAAAGUGAAACACGCGGGUGAGAAGCAACAACAUACGGGCAAGAAGCCAUACGAGUGCGAUGCCUGUACCACAGAGUUCAGGCAGAGUGUGCACCUGCAACGUCACAAGCAUACACACACAGGCGAGAAGCCAUACAAGUGCAAUCUCUGCCUUGCAGAGUUCAGGCAGAGCGCACACCUGCGGAGUCACAAAGUGAAACACGCGGGUGCGAAGCAACAAUAUACGGGCAAGAAGCCAUACGAGUGCGAUGCCUGUACCACAGAGUUCAGGCAGAGUGUGCACCUGCAACGUCACAAGCAUACACACACGGGCGAGAAGCCAUACAAGUGCAAUCUAUGCCUUGCAGAGUUCAGGCAGAGCGCACACCUGCGGAGUCACAAAGUGAAACACGCGGGUUACGAUAACGGAGGCGGUACUGCUGGCAAGGGAAGUUGUCAGGCCCGACGACUUGAGAAACGCCAAGCCACAUCUGCUGUGACUCAAGUGAGGGCCAGUUCUCACUUGGCGACGCCCGACGCGGCGUCCUACAAGUUGACAGGUCACGAAAAGCUCAAGUACUAUCACUGCCGGCAGUUAUGGCCGACGGUGACCCGUGAUGACAUACAGGCGUAUUUCAUAGAGGCUCCCGAUAUUGAUAAGGAAGCCAUGAAAUCCUUUAAGUCCUUAGAGGCUUACUACUAUGUCAAAGCAAGCGAGAUUGAUCAAAGCUUUGGCAAGUGCUUGGCCAACGAGCUCGUUUCUUGA